AUGGCGAGUGAGCUGACUCGGAAGAACAGCAGCAGCAGCAGCCGGCGGAACUGGGCCGGCGGCUACCAGGACCCGGCGGACGUGCUCCGGCAAAGGAGCAUUGCCGCUGAAGAAGGGGACGAGAGGGAGAGCCUCAUGUGGGCGGCGCUGGAGAAGCUGCCGACGUACGACCGCAUGCGAAAGGGGAUCAUCCGACAGACGGUUGACGGCGGAGGCGCCCUCUGCAGCGAGGUCGACAUCCACCGGCUUCGUCGCCAGGACCGGAAGCUCCUUCUCGAUCGCAUCUUCCGGGUGGUGGAGGAGGACAACGAGCGCUUCCUCAAGCGCCUCAGAGACCGAAUGGACCGAAGCAAACAACAAGACAUUUUUGAUAUACUUGGAGCUAUAUAUGCUGCUAUUUUCUUCCUUGGAGCCAGCAAUGCUAUCGCUGUGCAGCCUAUUGUGGGCAUUGAGAGAACAGUCUUUUACCGUGAGAGAGCAGCAGGAAUGUACUCAGCCCUGGCCUAUGCAUUGGCUCAAGUUAGCAUUGAGAUGGUAUACAUUCUAGCGCAGGGACUUCUUUAUAGCCUUCUCCUUUUCUCAAUGAUUGGUUUUAUUUGGCAGGCCACCACCUUCUUCUGGUUUUUCUUCUUCAUUUUCAUGAGCUUUGCCUACUUUGUUCUACAUGGCAUGAUGAUUGUAGCGCUCACACCGGAUCACCAAGUGGCUAGUAUCCUAUCAAGUUUCUUCUACACCUUUUGGAACUUGUUCUCAGGCUUCCUGAUACCACGACCGUCAAUUCCAGUCUGGUGGAGGUGGUACUACUGGGGUGAUCCCGUAGCUUGGACGAUAUAUGGUGUUGUAGCAUCACAGCUGGGACAAAAGGAAAACUUGAUCGAUAUCCCUGGAGAAUCCAGAAUAACAGUUAAGCAAUUCUUAGAGGACAACCUGGGCUAUGAACACAGCUUCCUCGGUUAUGUAGCUCUGGCUCACUUGGGUUUUGCGUUGGUCUUCUUCCUUGUCUUUGGCUAUUCCAUCAAGUGCCUCAACUUCCAGAAGAGAUAG